AUGAAACAACAACAAUAUUUAUUAUUAUCUCCAAUUUUAAUAAUAAUAUUAUUUAUUAAUAUUAUUAAAGGUGGAUAUGUUUCAAUUCAAUAUUUUAAUAAUGAUCAAUGUGAUCAAGUUAAUUUUAUAAAUUAUUUUUUGGAAGGUUCUUGUGUUCAAGAACAAGUUAUGAAAUGUAAUUCCGAUAAAUCAAUGAUUGAAUAUAAUAUUUAUGAAAGUUGUUCAGGUAAUCAAGAACCAAUUGGUACAAAACAAAUUCCAACCAAUACAUCAUGUGAAACAAGUGCUGCAAUUUAUUCAUGUAUUGAUGAAUUACCAAAUCUUUCACCAUCAGCUGAUGAAAAUAAUUUUGUAACAACAGUAAUUUUCAAUGGUAGUGAUUGUUAUAAUUAUAAUAUUAAUAAUAUUCAAUAUGUUGAACAACAACCAACUGGUCAAUGUGAUUAUGAUGGUGCUUUUGGUUCAAUUAUAACUUGUACACCAACUAAAUUCAUUAAACAAAGAUAUGAAGGUUCAAAUUUUUGUAUAAAUCCACCAACUAAUAAUUAUACUUAUACAUUACCAAUUAAUGAUUGUUCAUUUAAUGGUUAUAAUAUUAUACAAUUUUGUAAUUCACCAUCAUCAUCUUCUUAA